AUGAGCUUGCAGCGCGCUCUGAGGGGCAGCUGCCACUGCGGUCGAAACCAAUACAUCAUCGAGGUCCCCAACGGCGCUUCCGACGUUGCUCAGAUCCUCUUCGACUCCAACGCCGGCCACAGAGUCUCCUCCGCGACACCACUCUCUGCCUUCCUCCGUGUACCACUGUCGUGGUACCGCAGCCAGACCUUCCCAUUCUUUUCAGACGAGUCUCGAUCAAACAUCCGACGCGUCUACUCUCACCCCGACGAGCAACACACCAGAAGGAACUUUUGCGGAUUUUGUGGCACGCCGCUCUCCUACUGGUCCGAGGAGCCGAGAGGCGAGGCUGAAUACAUUCAAUUGACUCUGGGAAGUCUAUUAACCGAGGACUUACACGACUUGGAAGAACUGGGCCUGAUUCCCGACGACUCCGAACAAGACGAGAUGGACAUCGUACCCGCUCCCGUGCAUAAUCAGGGUAGACAACUGAUCGGCCGCGAUUCAAACAGCAUCCCGUGGUUCGAGAGCAUGCUUGCCGGCAGCCGCUUGGGCAACAUGCAGACGACGCGAGGUGUUCGACAAAGCCACGAUGGUCGGGUUCGGGUUGAAUUCGAGAUCACCGAGUGGACCGCCGGCGAUGAGGCCGAAACCGAGAUGGACGAGGCGGCAGACGCAGAGGGAGACGCGUCAGAGACAUCAUCAGCAACGGGCAAAAGGAAACGCCGCGACGUAGAUGAUGGUGCCGGCGCCACUCCUGCCUGA